AUGGAAUCGAGGAACAUAGCAAUACAAGAUUUAAAGUUUUUAGAGGAAGAUUUACUGCCAGAUGAGCUGAUAUCAAUAGCUUUCCUAUUAUUCGGUACAGAAAGACCGAAAUGGGUGUUGGAAAAGCUGAAAGAAAAGCAGAUUGAAAUCAGCUUAUUAGAGAAUUACGCAAACUAUCAUGAUAACUGGAAAUCGACAAUAAUUGAGGCUCUCGGAACAAUCAAGGCAUUUGAAUGUAUUCAAAACUUGGGAAUUCCCCUUCCGAUGGCUCGUGAGUUUGUAAGAAAAAGUUCCUUAUUAAAUCCUGGUUUAAAACUGCUGUAUCAGCUGUGUGAAGCAUGUCCAAAAACUUUAAAUGAUCAACUUAUUAAUUUUAUAAAAGACGAAUGUGAUUCAUCAACUUUAACUUUAGAAGAUCAACUGGAAUUACAUUUAUUACAUGCAAUAACUGAAGAUAAAAUCAAAGUGACGUCAGCUGGAUGUGAUCUGUCAUUAAUAAAGAAGUUUGAAAGUACCACAACAAUUGAAGAUCCUUCAGUUUUAGAGCUACUAAAGAAAUUCCCAACAAAGCUGAAUACUUUAGACACUUCAGCAAACGGCGAUUUUAAUUCCACAAAUCGAGAACAAAGCAUUCCAGCAACACGAUCAGAACAAAAUGAUGUACAAACUCUUACAAAUCCACUCGACAAUUACAGGACGAAAAAGAUGUUUGCCUUGAUUAUCAAUCAGCAGCAUUUUAGAAAGACAACAAACAUUGAGUUAAUGAAUUUACUUCCAAAAGAUAUCCUUACAGAGAGAAAUGGGACUGUAAAGGACAUGGAAGCACUUAAGAAGCUUUUUGAAGAUUUCAAGUAUCAUGUCGUGGUCAAGAAUGACUUGACACAUGUUGAAAUAAUUAAGGAAGUAGACAAAGCCAGCAAGCAAAGCUCAAAAUAUGAUGGAUUAAUUGUCUGUGUCUUGUCUCAUGGACAUGAAGGCUUAUUUUAUGGCAGUGAUUCAGUUCCUGUGUUUGUAAGGGAUAUUAAGGCAAACAUGUCAUCAAAAGUGCUUCUUAAUAAACCGAAGAUUCUGUUGAUUCAAGCGUGCCAAGGAGACAAUUUACAGCCAACAGUCAAAAAGAUCAUUCAAACUGAACUUGAUGGACCGAAUCAAUCAAACUUAAUUUCUGGAUCAACUAGAGCUGACUUCUUGAUAUUCUGGUCGACCAUUGAAGGAUUUGCUUCUGUUAGACAUGUCGAAAAUGGAAGCUGGUUUAUACAAGAAUUAGUUAAGAAAGUCUCAGAACUUCAUAAGAGCCAGCAUUUAAUGGACAUUUGUACUUCCGUUAUAAAUGAAGUAUCCAUGAAACGUGGGUAUCGAGAUCAGUGCAUGCUGCCUAAAUUGGAAAGUACAUUCACAAAGAACUUUAGAUUUCCAGCAUAG